AUGUUAGGUUUUUCAUAGAUGAAAUCUCGAGAAAUGAUAGCAAAAUAAAAUCGCAUGAUCAAUAAGAAUAUUUCACAAAGUAACCAAGUGUCUUUAUAAACUCUAGCAAUACCAGAUAGAAUAACUCAAUCAGUAAAAUCUAAUACCCGACCAAAAUAAUAAGAUCAUAAAUCCUUUAUUUCAAAAAUAUUUUAAAAUCCAAGCUUGCAACAACAAUAAUAAUAAUAAUAAGAUAACAUAAAUAGAUAAUCUAGACCUAACACGAUUACACCUAAUUCAAGCGGAUUGUUUUCACGAAAGCAAAAAGACUCAUUCAAUAAAACUUAAUAUACACCAGCUUCGAGUGACUCAAAAUUCUCAAAAAAAUUUUUAAAUCAAUCAAAAGAAAAAAUAACACCUUUCACUACAUAUACAAGUAAUGGAUCAUAACAAAGCCAGGUUUAUUUUUCAUCUGAAACUCUCCCUAUGAAAUAAAAAGAAACCCAUGUUAGCAAUUUUAUUAAUUAGUAAAAUGACACACUAUCCAGAAGGUAAUCGCUAAUAGAGAGUCAAUUACAAGGUGUUUUUGAAGAUUCUAAAAACACCCGUUCAUAAAUAAAAGGAUAAAAUUCAUAAGAAAAGUAAUACUUAGUUAAGGAUAUAUCAAGAAAAUCUCAUUUUGCUCUAAAAAAGUAAUCAACUCCAAGAGGAAAUAGACAAAACGAAGAAAAAUAAACGUUUUCAACUGCAAAUGACAGAUUUAGCUCUUCAGAAUUUAUGCAAUUUGCUAGAAAGAAAUCGAUUGUGUUAGGGGAUCAAAUUCAUGGAAUAUAUAAAAGCUAAGAAAAUUCUAAUUUAGCAGAUACUUCUAAUUAGGGUAUUAGUUUAUCUCCUUAAAAACAGUAAUCAAUACCUCCUGCUUCAAAGUACUUAGAAAAUAGUAAUUUAAAUUAAAAGUAAGAAUAAAAGGCUCCUAUUGUUCAUCAGAUUACAUUACUAAGUCAUGCCCCUAAAAUAAUAGCAUCUUAGUCAUCUCAAAUAUUCGAGACAAGAAAAUCCUAUUUAAAUGUACCUGCAACUGCUACAAAUGAUCCUCCAAAAGAAAUUAGAAGUUCAGAACAAAUUAUGAAAGAUUUUUUCCCCAAUUUGACAACUAAAGCUCGCUUCCCAGAAUAAUUAAAUAAAAAAAAUGAAGAACUGAUUUAACAAAAAAAGAAAAGAAUCGAAUAAUAUGAUUAAAUAUUCAAUGAGUUAAAAAACAAAAGAAAAACUUUUUCUAAGUUUGCAUUUAAGUCAUAUGAAAAAUAGGAUAAUGCUUAAAUUCGUCCUGUCUUAGAAGAUUUAGCUGAUGGAGAUCCUAAAGGUACUAUGGGUGUAAUAGACCUAUGGUCAGAUAAAAACAUCAAUAAGUUUUUAGGAAACUGUAAAUUGAUUAAAGAUAAACUUCUAAUUAGUAAAAUAGCUGCAAUCAAAAAGAAAAGAGGUUUCUUUUUGGAUGAGAAAAAACCCUUUUUGCUAAGUAGAAAAGAUGAAUUAAAUUUAAUUAAUAAAGUGUACAUGUCUGAAUAAAGCAAGUAAUUCUAAGAAAAGUACUCUAAAUAACUUCAAAGAACUAUGCAGAAUAAUUCUGAAAUCAAUAAAAACAACUUAGGAGUACAGUAAAUAGCAUCAAAAAAGCUUUCAGAACAAAAGUGUAAUGGAAUAGGCUGCACUCAUAAAUCAUGCAGAUAAUACUUAAAAUAAUAAACUAAUUAAGCAGGAUUAUCUAAAAAACUUAUAGAAUUAAGUUUAGAUGAAGAGGAUUAAUCAAACAGUAGUGUUUGCAGUAGUGAAUCACAGCUAAGUAUUCAGGAAGUUAGUUAAAAGAAAUAAAAUUAUAAUUACAAUUCAUUUUUAAGAAAAUCAAAUAUUAUCAAAGCUCCAACUAAUUUUGGUUAAAUGAGAACUUCAAUUUUAUAAUAAAACUCAAAAUAGCCUUAAAACAAUAAAAAUAUUAAUCUUGUGAAUAUGCUUAAGCUAAACAAUAACAUGAUUAGAGAUUUAGAUUACCUUCAAGAAUAGAAUGAUAAAGACUAUAUGAAAUUAGUAGAGACUAUUAAUUGUUUGCAAGACAAAAUAGUUUAAUAAAAAGUGAAUGACUAUGAAGCUUAAAGCUCUGGUAAUGAGUACUGA